CGACCCAGUCUUUUGCGGACAACAAUGUUGGGAACAGCGGCAGAUGUGACGACCGUUACUAGCUUGACCAAGUCUCCAACAAUUGUAGUAUAUAUAUAGCUGCAAGUGUGAUCGCCGUGGAGCGUACUACAUACACUUCGCUAGCGCACCGUGCGUCGAAUGGAUCACCAUGGCGAUGGCGUUUCCCUCCUCACCAAGCUCGGCGUGGGCGCCCUCACCUGCAACUCCGUCUUCGCCGCCUACAGGUCGCGCGGCGACCCGGGCACCCUCGCGUUCGUGCUCGCCGCAUACGCGGCGCUGCUGCUGCUCCUGCAUUCCCUGCGCAGGUUCGAGCGCGCGCCGCCCGCGGACAGGGGCAGGGCCAAGGCGGAGGUCUGGGCGCUCUCGACGCUGCUCACCGUGAUGUUCGCGUCGCGCGUGGCGCCGCUCAUGCCGCCCACCGUCGGGGUAGCCGUCUGGGCCAUGGCGGCCGCGACGGCCGGCGGCGGGUUCUGGGCGUUCUUUCUUAGCCACCGAUGAUGGAUCGAGCAAAAGUAAGGAGAGGCCGCUCUGCCUGCUGGACUUGGCUUCGGUGUCGUCGUGUCAGGGAGCUGCUGGUUAGAAUUUAGAUGCUGCAGGCAGCAGCUGCUAAUUGCACUGCGAUGGUGUUAAAAAAAAAGUGACCAAUAUAUGUAGUAGUGGCAGGUAGUCAGUACAAUUUACUUGCUGUAAUAAUUGUUAUAUAUGAUUUACAUCUCAUAUUGGCCAGCCCAACCGAAUUUUUUA